AUGAGCGGAUACUGCUCGUCCACAAAUAUUAUUGAUGUCGCUCGUAAAGCGAUUGCGAUCUUUGCACGCGAAGGGCCCAAGUGUUGUCUCGUCGGCAGUGUGGCGAGCUACGCAUACGGAGUCUCCCGCACUCCAAACGAUGUUGACUUAAUCAUUCUUACCGAACUCUAUGACCAGGAGAGGCUCAAGCAGAUGCUCGUGCACUCGGACUCCAACUUCCAUCUUGUCAACUCUCGCAACAUCUACGCCACUUACAAGGUCCUCUGGUACCGCUUCCCCUCAUCAUACCUCGCCAAGCGUUGCAAGGUCGACAUACUCGACCCUGGGAUCAUGAACAUUCCGAAUGUUCCACCUGAACACCUCGUCUCGAAGGCUCCAUACAACCUCCCACUCAUGCCGCUCAUCUCCCAUCUAUUCUUGAAGCUUCAGGCGUGGUCGGACCAUCGCGCGGCGACGAGAAGCGACCUCCAACUCAAGCAGUACACUGAUCGACGGGACAUUGACCAGCUCCUCGAGAUCGUGUAUCGAAGCGGCGAUCGUAUCCGAUCUCCGGUGCUCAAGUGGCUGCCGGAGUCUAUGGUCUCUGCUGCGUCGACGAGGCUGCAGGAUUAUCUCUUCCGCGGCUCUCCGAGUACCCGUAGGCAAUGGGAGGCUCUCGGUUUUGUGGUGCAACUCGAGAAUGCCGGUGUGUUUAUAUCCCACUGUCCAUAUUGCUCACACGCGAGGAGCUGA